CUGACCUCAUUUCAAAUGGCCCCGUAGGGCAACAAGGAUGGUUAGUUUUGACCGUGCUUAUUUGUCCCAUAAAUUAUCGAUCCUAAUUGGCAGUUAUUUGGGCUUUUAUAUUUGCCGACCUCUCGUUUUUGUAUCGUGGUCACUAAAUGAAGGGCUUCUGGCCUGGGAGGGCCCAUGUAUUCUUUCAAUUGGUUGGGGAGCUGGGACAGUGUCUCUGGCAAUAACGAGAAUAGGAGGGAAUGUUGACCAGGGAGCACCGCUGCGGCCGUUCAGAGGAGCAGGAACAGGAGCCCGGGCUGAGUCUGAAAAAAGCCGGAUCCAGAAGGUGGCUCCGGAACGGCUGGAAUUGGAAGAUGGAGGAGCCGGAGGAACCGGCGGACAGUGGACAGUCGCUGCCUCCAGUGUACAUCUACAGUCCCGAGUAUGUCAGCAUGUGCGACUCCCUGGCCAAAGUCCCCAAACGGGCCAGUAUGGUACAUUCUUUGAUUGAAGCAUAUGCACUGCAUAAGCAAAUGAGGAUAGUUAAGCCCAAAGUAGCCUCCAUGGAGGAGAUGGCCACCUUCCACACUGAUGCCUAUCUGCAGCAUCUCCAGAAGGUCAGCCAAGAAGGAGAUGACGAUCAUCCAGACUCCGUAGAAUACGGGCUAGGUUAUGACUGUCCAGCCACUGAAGGGAUAUUUGACUACGCAGCAGCUGUAGGAGGGGCUACAAUCACAGCUGCCCAAUGCCUGAUUGAUGGAAUGUGCAAAGUAGCAAUUAACUGGUCCGGAGGGUGGCAUCAUGCAAAGAACCACACUGGCCUUUCAGCUUCUCAAAUAGGCCAAGGAAGUUCUUUCCUGCCUCAGAGCUUUUGCAAUGCUGCUCUCUCUGCCUGGAAGACUUCUCCAUCUCAGUAUGGAGAUGAAGCAUCUGGUUUUUGUUAUCUCAAUGAUGCUGUCCUGGGAAUAUUACGAUUGCGACGGAAAUUUGACCGUAUUCUCUAUGUGGAUUUGGAUCUGCACCAUGGAGAUGGUGUAGAAGAUGCCUUCAGUUUCACCUCUAAAGUCAUGACAGUGUCCCUACACAAAUUCUCCCCAGGAUUUUUCCCAGGAACAGGUGACGUGUCUGAUGUUGGCUUAGGAAAGGGACGGUACUACAGUGUAAAUGUGCCCAUUCAGGAUGGCAUACAGGAUGAGAAGUAUUACCACAUCUGUGAAAGUGUACUAAAGGAGGUAUACAUAGCCUUUAAUCCUAAAGCAGUGGUCUUACAGCUGGGAGCUGAUACAAUUGCUGGGGAUCCCAUGUGCUCCUUUAACAUGACUCCAGUGGGAAUUGGCAAAUGUCUUAAGUACAUCCUUCAGUGGCAAUUGGCAACACUCAUUUUGGGAGGAGGAGGCUAUAACCUUGCCAACACGGCUCGAUGCUGGACAUACUUGACCGGGGUCAUCCUAGGGAAAACACUAUCCUCUGAGAUCCCAGAUCAUGAGGGUGGCUGUGAAGAUUGAAUCAGUCAAUGUGUAUGAAGCACCUCGCACAAGGUCAGUGCUCCAGUCAGCAUUAGUAAGUGACAAGGCUAUAUUUUGAACCUAGGUCUUUCUGACUCAAAAACCUAGUCUUUCUUCUUCCUAACAAAUGUUCUGAAAAUACUGGAUUAUAUUUAACACUCACCAAAACUCCAUCAGGGAGGGAAGAAACACCACAUCUGGAGAAACAAAUGGAUAGAAAGAAGGAAAUAUCCUAGUUUGUCUAGAGACACUUAGAACAUCUGUGACAAUGCUGACACCAAUUCUAGAGUCUCAAUAUCCUUUGUAGCUAUGAGCACCCAGCAUGGCUCCAUGAUCAGUUGUAUCCGUUCCUUCUAUAAGAAUUUACUGACUACCACUAUGUGCCCUAUUUGAUCCUAGGUGCUUCUGAUGAUUUAAAGGGCAUGAUCUAUGACUUCUAGGAACUUUUAGCCUAGUGGGUAGGCAGAAGCUAUACCCAAAAAAAAAACAAUUAGAAAAAAUUACACAAGACAGUACAUAAACAAGGAAUAAUCUGUAGCCAAAACUAAAUGUAUUAGUCAUCUUGGGCUUCCAUAACAAAAUACCAUAAACUGGUUAGCUUAAACAACAGAAAUUUAUUUUCUCACAGUUCUGGAGGCUACAAGUCUAAGAUCAAGAUGUCAGCAUGAUCAGUUUCUGGUGAAAGCUUUCUUCCUGGCUAGUAUAGAGCUGCCUUCUCUCUCUGUCUUCACAUGAAAGGGAGACAGAGAGAGAGUGAGCAAGCUCUCUGAUGUUUCUUCUUAUAACAUUACUAAUCCCAUCAUGAGGACCUCACCUUCAUGACCUCAUCAUAUAAACCUUAUUAUCUUCCAAAGACCCCAUCUCCAAGUACAGUCACACAACAGGUUAGACAUAUGAAUUUGAGGGAGGACACAAUUCAGUCCAUAGCACUGUCUAACUUCUCAUGUAAUGGCCAUGAGAAGAUGACUUUUCUUUCCUUAAUUAAAUUUUUUUUGCUGACACUAUUAACAUUUUAAAAUACAUAAUGC